GGCUGCGGUGAUGCUGAGCGCUCCAUUGAGUCCAGUAUGGAGGCCUGACGUCAGGACUGGGAGAGGCGGGGCUUGUGGUUCGUGCGGAGCCUCGAGCGGAUCCGAGCCGGUCUCAUUCAUUCCGCAACUGUUCAGCAGCUCGCGCGUCUCUCCGUCUCCAUCCUCUGAGCAGCGGACAGCCAGAAGGACCCCCAUCUCCACCCACCGGCCGGACACCUCCCGCGUUGUUUGAAGAUGAAGAUUGAAACCAGCCUGACGAUGCCCCAGCUCCCAGAGGCCCUGUCCCAGGCAGGCCUCCAGUUCACGGUGGCCACUGAGGAGGACUUUGACGAUAUCAUGGCAAUGAGCCAGGACAUCUACGGAGGCCUGGACUACCUGCCCACCAGGUACACCAACUGGCUGCAGGAGACCAACCGCAUCGUCAUCCUGGCUCGCAAACAGGGCAAAGUGAUCGCUCUGGAGUCCGUGUGUGUGAUUGACGAUGGGGAGACCAUGCUGGUUGAAGGUCUCCGAGUUGCCCCUCAGGAAAGGGGAAAAGGUGUAGCAGGAGUUCUGCUGCGCUUUUGCUCUGAGCUGGUUAAAUCCAAGUACCCAGACGUCAAAGUCAGCCGCUUGACCCGUGAUGAUCAGCUGGGACCAAAGGACUUCCAGAAGUACCGCAUCAUAACCAAACAGGGUAUUCUGCUGGUUCGUUUUAAAGCUGAAGAUCUCAAGCUCCGUCUGUCUGAGCUCGGCCUUGGUGAACACAUUCAGUCACCUUUGUCCACCUCCUUCUCUAACACUCCUGCUGUGCGUCUGGACCACACGGCCAUCCACCGUCUGUACCUGACCUCUGACCUGAUGCAGGGGGUCCUCCCUAACUCCACCAUCAUCCAGGACUGGCAGCCCUUCAAACCUCUGCCCAGUAACAUGGCCAUCCUGCUGAAGAAGGACAUCGACUGGAUGGUGGACGAUGUGUCCAACCCCACAGUGGCCAGCCUCUGCACCUUCCCAAUCAGGGUGCCCAUUGGAGAUGACUGGUAUUACCUGAACAUCGACAUGUUCGGUAAAGACCUGGAUCUGGCUCGGCAGCAGAUCUUGUGCCAUCUGCAGUGCCAUACCACCACCCUGAAGGGUCAUGUGAUGUGCCAGAUGUUCGUGGACCCACCGCUCUGGAAGCCCAUGGCCGAUUUCUGCACCAACACCCUGAGGGUGGAGCUGGUGAAGGAGUACACCGAGCAGUGCGUGGUGGAGUCGGAUGUGGUCUAGUUACUGAAGGAGGACGGAAGUGAGGACAAGAUGAAGGAGCCAGAACGAUGACAAGGGUCUACACAACCAGGAACGGACACAACUCAUUACACACAGAAACAAACAUACAGCCGUCUGCACUGAGGAGAUAAAAAUCAAGCAAACAACAUGUGGGGAACAAAAUCACUUUAUAAUGCAGAAAGUUUGAAUCCAAACACACAAACAAAUACAGGAAGUGGACAUGAAACCAUCAACACAGCAUCUUCAAAAGGUCUGUGACAAAUACGUUUAUUUUGAAGGAUUCACAUCGUAUACCAUUUUGUUUUCAGGCCUACUCCAAAAUCCAUCAAUGAUUGAGAUAUCGCUAUGACAACCACUCUUAAUGGAGGUCUUAAUGGUUCAAACCUUUGCAACACUAAAAACCCCAAAGGUUAAUUUUUAGCUGUCACACAUCACCAUGACGACGGCUGUCUGUGAUGAUCUUACAUGUCACCAUGACGACGGCUGUCUUUGAUGAUCUUAUGUCCACUGGUUGUAUUUGGAUUGACAUGUAGAGGCGUAGCCUGACACGAGUGAUGAACUGGGGGAAGCUUUCUCACACCGGUAGCAGUGAUGUAACCUAAAACCCUAAAACAGGAAACAUGCAAACACUUCAGUUCUUUCAGCGUCUCCAACAUUGGAUCUCUGUUCUGUAAAUAUGAACUCGAAUCUUAAUAUAUUCACAGGCUUGGUUGGGUUACUAAAUCUGCACAACUCUGAAGGCACUUUAUGGAAACUCCACACACAGGUUGUGUCUACAAUAAAAAGGAAUAGUUCAGGAUCAACGAGGGAUUAUUGACAGAUCACAUCAGUCUAAUGAACAAGUGUUACCAUAGCAACGCAGAUGAUCUCUGCAGAACAACAAACAAAGCGCGUUAGUGAAUCGAACAUGCUCGGUCCUAAGACCGACAGUUUAUCCUUCAUCAUAGUCGAGCUUACGUCUUAGCUUUUGUCUUUUUUAUUCUUAUCUUUUAAUGUAUAUAUAUAUAUGUUACUAAUUUAAUAUUUUGACUUCUAAUGCUGCAAUAAGAUGCUAACAUGAAGGAGGAACUCCUGAAGCUGUGAGCGAACUCUAAGCUAACCUUUUUAGAUUGAUAGCAAGAGGUCAAACGAAAUGCUGAUGCUUGGAUAGAAAUGUGACGUGUGCAGUUUGCUUUCAGCUACAUGAGAAGAAGAAUGAUUAGCUGUUGUGUCAUCAAACCCCUAAAGCAAACAUUCUGAUAAACAGCGUGAGAAUAACAGAGCAGUACUCCGAGAAGUGACAGCAGUGUUCGAGCUAACCAGUCGUCUAGACAUGUCUGCAGGAUGUUGAUAAUAACAUGGCGGGCCAAGGACAGUCCUCAUUUCUGCAUGACUUGUGCUUGUUCAUUACAAUCAGGACAGCUCCAACACAGCACUUUAUUUGGUUAAGUAUUAUUCUGCCUCAGCGCUCCUCACCAUCGACUCGACAAAACCACAAAAAAACUUCUUCCAAAAGAGACUUCCUCUUUGCGGAAGAAUCUUUCCCCUCUUUAUUCAACUUCAGUUAGCGACACUGAAACCAGUUAACAUCACUAACUGACUUCAACCCUUCGACUAAUAUCAAUGAAAGUCCAGCUUCGUUUUAGCCAUGCUACCUUCAGGGCUCUUGAAUGUUGGUUCGCAUGUUUCCAACACUUUGCCCUGAUUACUGGAUUGAUUGGAUCCCACUUUCAUUCAGAGGACGAAUCAUUGUGACGAUGAUGAUUCUGACUUUUUUAAAUGGCCACCAGCAGGUUCAGAUCUGAGGAUAUCAGCUGUACAGUCAAACACAGAUCGGCCCUAAAGUUCAUUUCACAUUCCUGUUCCUGCAGGAUGAACCAGUAAAUAGUCCCACUCAUCAUUAAGAACCAUCACCAAAAGUUCACCACAUACCUGCAGCAGCCUCCAUCCUCAUGUGUGCUAACAUAAGAAACACAGUAAACAACUCAUGAUAACUGUCAUUGUUAGCAUGUUAGCAUGCUGACAUCAGCAUUCAGUGCAAAGCAUUGACCUCCCAAAGCUGUUAGCGGUGUAACCCUCAUGAUCCAAGGCCGUAAGCACAAAACCAGACAGUGACAUGUUCAGAAUGACGCGUUCUUAAGCCUCUAACUGAAGUUCAACCCUAAUUCACAAAGAUAAUUAUCAAAUAUUAAACCUUCACAUGAGGCCUGAACACAGGGCUAGAUGUUCUUUAGCGACUGUUUGCCCUUGUGGCGUUAAAAAGAUGUCUGUAGAACGUCCACGUCAUGUUCCUCUGACCCCCUAGAUGUCCCUUUAAAUGCAGAUUUAGAGGGUUUAUCCUAGAGCCGGUGGGCUGAGCCAGACACAAAUCUUUUUGGGGGAAACUUUGUGGUUCAUAUAGAACCUUAUUACCUCCCAGUGGCCUUGACCAGCGUUUAUCUGGACUUCGAAACACCUUCUUCCUCUGGUAUGCAAUCCUGAGUGUGACGAUGACUGGGCCUGUUUUCUGAGAAAAGUUAAACCAGGAGUCAGAUUAAGGGACAAACAUGAAUGAAUGAUUAGAUUCUACUUUAGACCGGCCGUAUAGUGGUCAACAUGUUGCAGGGAGUUUAACAAAUCUUUGUUUUUAACCAAAGAAAAUCACUUGUCACUCAAACUGCUGCCCUUUGAUUUGCUGCCAGCAGUGCAGGGAUGAUAUGGAAGGCCUGACACUCUGGGAGUAACUGUUGGUCUCACUUUGUUUUCUUGUGAUCUCGGAGUCCUUAUGUGUAUAGAAGAGGGACUCGUGUUAGCUGGUCUAAGAUUGACCCUGGUCCAUAAGCAGCAAGUUAAGCCUGGUAGACCAAUCAGAUUUCUCCUUUGCACCAUCCUCCACUAGUCCUGGGUGAUCCCAAGAGAUCCCGAUUUAAAGAGGCAGAUAUUCCUGAGAACUCUCCUUUGUCCCAGUUUACUCAAAGCUGGACAUGCUCAGAAACCCUCUAAAGGGUCCUGAUCAGAUAGCACAUACACGAGGAUCUCUGAUGGGACACCCCGCUCAGACCCUGACCGUUUAGUCCUCAGUGUCCAUGGACGUUAGGGGUGCAAACGAUUGUUCAUUAAAUAAUAAUCGGUUACAAAAAAAAUGUAAUCGAUAAUCGUUUUGUAGUCCACAUUUUUGUAAAUGUUUCUUGUUGCAUUGUGGGUUCUAGGAUAGGCCUAAUUCAAAACAGAAAAA